UCCGUCUCCUCGCCAGCACUAGAGUUAUCGCGUACAAGCUCUCGAAGCAUCCGAUUCCCACUUGCGAAGCUACUUUCUCCCGAUCGCGGCAAUGGCGGACGAGCAGAUGGGGGAAACCGAGACGUUCGCUUUUCAGGCGGAGAUCAACCAGCUGCUCAGCCUCAUCAUCAACACCUUUUACUCCAACAAGGAGAUCUUCUUGCGGGAGCUGAUCAGCAACGCUUCCGAUGCCCUGGAUAAGAUCAGAUUUGAGGGACUUACCGACAAGAGCAAGCUGGACGCUCAGCCGGAGCUCUUCAUCCGCUUGGUGCCGGACAAGGUGAAUAAGACGCUCUCCAUCGUAGACAGUGGCAUCGGCAUGACCAAAGCAGAUUUGGUGAAUAAUUUGGGAACGAUCGCAAGGUCGGGCACCAAGGAGUUCAUGGAGGCCCUGCAAGCCGGUGCGGACGUGAGCAUGAUCGGUCAAUUCGGCGUCGGCUUCUACUCUGCGUACCUGGUCGCCGAGAAGGUUAUCGUAACAACCAAGCACAAUGAUGACGAGCAGUACGUCUGGGAAUCACAAGCCGGUGGUUCCUUCACCGUCACCAGGGACACCUCCGGCGAGCAACUCGGCCGCGGCACUAAGAUCACUCUGUAUCUCAAAGAAGAUCAGCUGGAAUACUUGGAAGAGAGAAGAAUCAAGGACCUGGUGAAGAAGCACUCCGAGUUCAUCAGCUAUCCGAUCUACUUGUGGACUGAGAAAACGACCGAGAAGGAAAUCAGCGACGACGAGGAUGAGGGCGAGUCGAAAAAGGAAGAGGAAGGAGACGUAGAGGAGGUCGACGAGGGCAAGGAGAACAAAGGAAAGAAGAAGAAAGUGAAGGAAGUCUCCCACGAGUGGCAGCUGAUCAACAAGCAGAAACCGAUUUGGCUUCGGAAGCCGGAGGAGAUUACGAAGGAAGAAUACGCCUCUUUCUACAAAAGCCUAACAAACGACUGGGAGGACCACCUCGCCGUAAAGCACUUCUCCGUCGAGGGGCAGCUGGAGUUCAAAGCGAUCCUUUUCGUGCCUAAGCGCGCUCCGUUCGAUCUCUUCGACACGAGGAAGAAGAUGAACAACAUCAAGCUCUACGUCCGGCGUGUCUUCAUCAUGGACAACUGCGAGGAGCUCAUCCCGGAGUACCUUGGAUUCGUAAAGGGCGUCGUCGACUCCGACGACCUGCCGCUCAACAUCUCCCGCGAGAUGCUGCAGCAGAACAAGAUCCUUAAAGUCAUCCGCAAGAACCUCGUGAAGAAAUGCAUCGAGAUGUUCACGGAGAUCGCGGAGAACAAAGACGACUACAACAAGUUCUACGAGGCCUUCUCCAAGAACAUAAAACUCGGCAUCCACGAGGACAGCCAGAACAGGGCCAAGUUAGCGGAGCUCCUCCGCUACUACUCUACCAAGAGCGGGGAGGAGAUGACGAGCCUAAAGGACUAUGUUACGAGGAUGAAGGAGGGGCAGAAGGAGAUCUACUACAUCACCGGGGAGAGCAAAAAAGCCGUCGAAAAUUCCCCCUUUUUGGAGAAACUGAAGAAGAAAGGCUACGAAGUGCUCUUCAUGAUCGACGCCAUCGACGAGUACGCCGUCGGGCAACUGAAAGAGUACGACGGCAAGAAGCUCGUCUCCGCCACCAAGGAAGGGCUCCACCUCGAAGACACAGAGGAGGAGAGGAAGAAGAAGGAAGAGAAGAAAGCCGCCUUCGAGAGCCUGUGCAAGACGAUGAAGGAGAUCCUGGGCGACAAGGUGGAGAAGGUGGUGGUCUCGGAUCGAAUCGUGGAUUCCCCUUGCUGCUUGGUGACCGGCGAGUACGGGUGGACGGCGAACAUGGAGAGGAUCAUGAAGGCGCAGGCGCUGAGGGACAGCAGCAUGGGCGCCUACAUGUCGAGCAAGAAGACGAUGGAGAUCAAUCCUGAGAAUGGGAUCAUGGAGGAGCUGCGGAAGAGGGCGGAGGCGGACAAGAACGACAAGUCGGUCAAGGACCUGGUGCUGCUUCUGUACGAGACAGCGCUGUUGACUUCGGGGUUCAGCUUGGAGGAUCCGAAUACUUUCGCCGGGAGGAUUCACAGGAUGCUGAAGCUGGGACUCAGCAUUGACGAGGAGGAUGAAGACGGCGGCGAGGACACCGACAUGCCGGCGUUGGAAGAGGGGAACGAGGAGAGCAAGAUGGAGGAGGUCGAUUAAAUUCGACUUCGAGUUUUCUAUCUGUAUAUUUCACGGUUCGUGUCGCUGUUAGUUGUCCGUAGGAUCGCUAAAACAGUUGUGGUUUGGUCUGGGGUUUAAUACACACUAUGGAAAUUGGGUAUUUUUGGAGGCACACAGAUCAUGAAAUAUGUGAAUGAUCUAAAACCUCGUGACGUCGUUGGUGGUGUUGUUGUUAUGGAGUCUUGGUAAGAGGACUACGGCCUUUGGAUGGAUAAAUGGAUGUGGAAGUCUCGUGGGCUAUUUGUAUGUGUUAUUAUUGUUGGAUAAAUUUGUUGGCGUGUGUCUAAUUGAGGGGGUCGAUGAUAUCGAUCCGUUUGAGAUGA